ACCUGGGAAGCGUUAGGCUGGAAAAGACGCGGGGCGCGAGUGGCUGGCAGGGAAGAAAAGCUGGGCGUCGCUGGCGGGGUUGGGGGCCUUAACGACCCCGCGGAACCCGACUCCUCACUGCUACGAGGUGUUCAGUGUUUCAAGAAUAAUGCAUCCCAAGGACCCCGCGGUCGACGGGGGAGUGGAGCUGGACUGCGUGCGGGAACUGGACCUGGAGGAGUCUGCGGGUGACCGCGGGAACGCAGGCCCAGGGGGCCUCAAGGAAGAAGUAAACGAUCCUGAGGCAGUCUCAGCAAGUCCUCCUGACAUAUCCUGUCAAAGUGAGCAGAAGCAGAGUGGUGACAGCUGGCCAGCUGGCUGCUUAGCACACCAGAGAGAUGACAAGGAAGACGGUGGCCCCAGAAUGACUAAACGUUUCCUGCAAAAACUCUGCAAGCAACAUAAACUUUAUAUUACCCCAUCACUGAAUGAUACACUGUAUUUACACUUUAAAGGCUUUGAUCGCAUUGAGAACUUGGAGGAGUACACAGGGCUUCGCUGUCUGUGGCUGGAGUGCAACGGAAUACAGAAAAUCGAGAACCUGGAGGCCCAAACCGAACUGCGCUGCCUCUUCUUGCAAGUGAACUUACUUCAUAAAAUUGAGAACCUAGAACCUCUGCAGAAACUGGAUGCUCUUAACCUCAGCAAUAACUACAUUAAGACCAUUGAAAACCUAGCCUGUCUGCCGGUCCUAAACACACUUCAGAUGGCCCACAACCAUCUAGAGACUGUGGAAGACAUUCAGCAUCUAAAGGAGUGUCUGAAACUUUGCGUCCUUGACCUGUCCCACAAUAAGCUGAGUGAUCCAGAGAUCCUGAGCGUUCUCGAGAGCAUGCCUGAUUUGCGGGUACUGAAUCUGAUGGGAAACCCAGUCAUCAAGCACAUCCCCAGUUAUCGGCGGACAGUUACUGUUCGACUAAAACACUUAACAUACCUGGAUGACAGACCAGUCUUUCCCAAGGACAGAGCUUGUGCAGAGGCCUGGGCCAGGGGCGGGUACGCAGCGGAGAAGGAGGAGAGAGAACUGUGGGAGAGCAGAGAGCGGAAGAAGAUCACAGACAGCAUUGAGGCCUUAGCGAGGCUCAAGCAGCAGGCCGAAGAGAGGAAACGACAGAAAGAAAGUCGAAAGGAAGGGCAGGCGGCACCGCCGGAAGAAGACGAAAACAGAGAUGCCCAAGUAGAGGGGAAGGAAGAGCCCCAUGAAGGUGGGGAAACACAGCAGAAAAUAGAGCUGUUUGUCAAAGAAAGCUUUGAGGCCAAGGAUGAGCUGUUCCCAGAAAAGCAGGGUGGAGGAGGUGAGCUGUCUGCGGAGGUCAAUGGAGAGAUGGAAGGCCAGGAACCAGGGGGAACACUGCCCACUGAGGCCCCAGCCCCAGCCACCCCCGGAGCUGCUUGGGAAGAAUCAGCUCCCCAGACUGUGGCCAGUGAGGGUGCCUCAGGGGCAGAACUGGAGGGAGCCGUGGAUAUGGGGGCCGUGAAGCUGGAGACAGAGAAACUCUUCAUCGAUGACCUGCCUGAUUUGGAAGAGGUGGACACCAGCGCAUCACUGGAGGACCAGGCCCAGAUGUGCUCCCCAAAGAUCACAGCCAUCUUGAGCCUGAGCGACGACAGUGACCCUGAACUGGACUAUACCUCCCUCCCAGUGCUGGAGCCAGGGCCUACAGACAGCCUUUCAAACAUAUUCGCAGUCACCAAGGACACCUCCAGGAAGGUGGGGACGCCCUUCACAAACAUAUUUCAAGAAGCCGCAAAGAGGGACUUGGAAUCCCCAAGUUCAGCCCCAAAGCACCCACGCCCACUGAUUCAGGUGCUUGACGAGACUUCAGGCCCGCCAGUGCCCCAACCAUGCCAUGGGGAGGCUACAACCCCCACUUCCUGCAAAGACAGGGACAGUCACCCACUUUCAGCCUCCCUUUCAGGAAACAGCAGCGAGAGGGACAGAGUAUGCCCCGUGAUGGAGCCCAAAGAGCUCACAGAGCCCGAGGCAGGAGAGCACCAGGAGGACAUUGAAUUUGGCUUGGACUGAACCCCAAGGUGGGCCUCCAGCCUCGGACUCACACAGACGGGGAACUAGCAUUGGGCGCAGGCCCCCUCGACAGCUCUACGCCCAGGCACCUCCAGAGGCAGUGACAGCAGCACCAAGCUUGGGCUCCAAGCAUAGCCACCGCCUUCCCCGUGGUAGGAAGCAGGAUGUUGGCUGUCUCCCUGAGCUUUAUAAACACCCCAAGUCCUUGUAAGUAAUGUGUUACAGGACUCUUUAAUAUCCGUACCAUUGUGGGGUUUCCUUCCACCAGCUACCCGAGAAGACCACCUCGUCACCAACCCUCAGAAACACCGACCCUCAGAAACCUAGUAGAUCUUGGGGUCCCAGACACCUUCAAGUG